UUUCAUGGGACAUUUAGUGGAACAUCUCACCGUCCAUUUGGCUGGCUCUCUCCACCGUCUCUAAGCUAUCCUCUUCUUCCUGAAGAAACGAAAUUUCAGUGUGCCUUUAUCCACCGAAAUCAUAGCAUGACCCUUCCUCCUCCUCCUUUCUAAAUCAUCACAUGGUUGCUUAAUGUUGGUGCGUGGGAUGAGAGCUCCGCUUGCACAGCUUUAUUUCGCUUAAUUAAUAAUGGGUAGGGUUAAACUAAAAAUAAAAAAGUUAGAGAGCUAUAGCAACAGACAAGUUACAUAUUCGAAACGAAGAACUGGAAUCUUGAAGAAAGCCAAGGAAUUAUCGAUAUUAUGUGACAUUCAUAUUAUCCUUCUCAUGUUUUCUCCAACCGGAAAGCCUACAUUGUUCCAUGGAGAGCGCAGCUCUAUCGAAGAGGUUCUUGCGAAGUUUGCACAAUUAACACCACAAGAAAGGGCAAAAAGGAAGCUCGAGAGCCUUGAAGCACUGAAGAAAACCUUCAAGAAAUUGGACCACGAUUUAAACAUACAAGAGUUUCUAGGUGCAACCAGCCAGUCUGUUGAGGAAAUGACUAAUGAAGUAUCAAUGUUGCAAGCUCGGCUUAAUGAAAUACAUAAGAGACUGAGCUACUGGAGUAAUCCGGAUAAAAUUGACAACAUAGACCAUCUUAGGCAGAUGGAAGAUUCACUAAGAGAAUCCAUUGAGCGUAUCCGGAUACACAAGGAAAACUAUGGAAAGCACCAUCUUCUGCCGCUAGAAUCCACUAGCCAGUUUCAGAAUGCGAUGCCUUUGCCUGUGAUGAUGGGUGGGCUGCAAGAAGGCCAACCUGUUACAUGGCUUCCGAACAAUGACAAUCAGCAAAUGUUAUUGCAAAAUGAUCCAGACUUUCUCCCUAAUCUAGAUACAGAGUGCCCUACAGAUGGCUCCCUUGCGGGUUAUUCUGGUUUCUUUGCCUCUGGUAAACAAACUGAUAUCGGCAAUUCAGUACAAGUUGAUAAUAACACAGUACAGGAAAGUAAUGGCCUGAAUGAGGUAGGGAGUAAUGCAUACUUUAAUUCCCAACUCGGUAAGCAAUUCUUGUACCCCCAAUAUACUGCUGCAAAUUUGCAAGUGGAUGAGAAGUUGAAGUCCGAGAUGGCGGGGAACUUAAAAGUAAAUCCUGGAGUUUACCAAGUUAUUACCGACUUUGAAGCCCCAAGACCCAUGUCUAAUAAUGGUCAUCAAGCUUGGAUAUCUUCUUCUGGCCCUUGUGGCAUUGCCAUGUUUGAUGGGAAUUCUUACCAUAAGCAAUCGAAAUCGACUUUCAUGAAUCAAACACCUCCAUCUGGUCAAUGCCAUAAUUUGUAGCUGAAGCGACCAACAGAUAUGCAUCCGAAUCCCAAACAUUUCCUGUUAUGACCUUUUCUUGUGAUGGAAUGAUCCAACAAUAGAGGUUUUAUGAUGGAAUCUGAUAUCUGGCCAUUGUUUCCUGCUGAACAUGAAUCUUGGCUUCUGUAUAUGAACUUCCUUUUAAUUUC